AUGACACACCGACUCAUCAAGGAAGGAUCAACACGCACCGGUUUAUUACAAGGCAUCGAGUACAAUGGCUGGACCAUUACAAGUCGAAAGGGGCCCAUUUGCAACUCCAAUGAAAUGGACAAUAUCCAAAAGGAAUUCGGGAUGCCUCCACCAGAAAUGGUAUUCGGCAACAACCAUGUCACUCUCAAGGUCAAAGAUAUCGAGAUCGAUUUGAAUGCAAUGGAUGCCCUGCGACAAGUGGAUACAAGUGCCAAUAGUAGCGAGCAUAUCAAAGUGGCCUAUGCCGAUGAAUGGACGAGGAAAAGCCGUCAUCAAGAUGUCAAGGAUGUAGUCAAGCCAUACGAUUGGACAUAUACAACGGCGUAUCGUGGCACCUUGAAUGACAAAGCCAUCUUUCACGAAGCAGAAGAACCAUCCAUAGAUGUGGCACGCUUGCAGAAACAAGAACCGAUCUUAUUUUACGAUGAAAACAUCUUGUAUGAAGAUGAGCUUGCAGAUAAUGGCACAACGAUCUUAUCGGUCCGGCUGCGGGUCAUGCCGUCAUGUUUCCUGGUACUUCAACGACUCUUUUUACGUGUUGACGAUGUCCUCUUUCGUAUAAACGACACACGCAUCUACCACACGUUUGGCACACCUUAUGUGAUUCGAGAAUAUACAUCCAAAGAAGAUCAUUACAAGACCAUCAUCAAUAAAUUACCCAUGACCAAAGGCGAUGUACCUCUUGUCAAUGAUCCCAAUUGGGUGUCUUCUAGUCUUCCCCAGAAACCAAAUGUUUUUAUCCGAGAACAUCUUAUUAUUGAAUAA